CUAGAUCUGGAAUCCACAAUUCCAGUCGGUUCUAGUACGUCCCUUGACUCUGCGAAGCUAGGCAGCAUGGCUCCCAGUUCGCGGAUCGUUUCCCUGCUAAUUACCUGCAGCCUUACCGUUUUCGUAACUUAUCCGGCCCGCGGGGCUGAAAUAUCGUCGAAAAUUGACCUCGACGAGGAGCUGACCACACCGCCGUCCACCUUAAGCACCUCCGUGCUGAAGGCGUACGUCGACAUCAAUCAGGGCGGAGGACUCGGCCCUAAACCCCAACGAAUCUCUUCGAAACAGCCGCCACGUGGAUUCAGACAACCCGCAGGGAAGCCGGCCAAUAACCAUGAGGACGAUGACGACGAGAACGAGUUCGUCAGCAUCGAUGAUCUGUUCGAGGGAAACAGGCAGCAGAUUCAUCAGAACCCUUUGACUGGUUCACCCGCCGCCAACCGUCAGGGAUUUUACGGAACUGAGUCUGGAGUUAGGCCAACGAUUAUAAACAACAUUCACGUAACAAUAAACGCCAACAACUCCGGGCCCGGAGUGAACGGCUGCAAAAAUGGCGUCUGUGACGUCAGGGUAUCCUCGAAACCCGACGCCGAGGGAAACGUGAUAACAAAUGUUCACCUGAGCGUCGUCACCAAGUUGAAUAAGCCGCCGGUGCAGGUUACCGAUGUUCCUGUGAUUGAAGGAACGGCGGGAUUACCAAGUCCCGAUUUCGAUCAGCUCCCGGCUUUUCACUUUGUCGAUCAAAAUGUUCGGCAUACUGGCUCCUUCUUCGACAACAACAUUCCUCAGAUUCCAAUUCACAGACAGGACGUUGACUCCUGGUAUCACCAGCCGCAACCCCUUUUUCAGAGAGCCAGACCCGUUUGGUAUUACGGGAGAAAUUUGGACCGAGGUUUCAAAGAGUCUCGCGGAUCUUGGCAAGGCCCUCGUGGGUGGACGGAGACCGGAAAUUGGGGAAUUAUUGACGAUAAAAUCGAACCACCCCUCAGCAAAACGAAACUCAGCAACGAACGGGAUUGACGGAGACUUUCCCAAGUGAUUAGAAGUGUCUAUUUUACGCAUUUCAUUAAAUGACUUACUCAUUCUUCAUUUUAUUCAUUCUUGACGUAGGUGUAAUACCUGCAUGGUAGUAAUAACGGUAAUCAAUAAGACAUGAUAUUAAAUAAAAACCUGAUUGACUUA